AAAUACAACGCAAAUACCAAAAUAUAAAAAAAUCAUACCACAAGACAGUAAGAAAGACACCCAGAUGGACAAUGUAGGACAAUAUAGUACAGAUGAUAGUCUAACUACAUUAUCUACUGGUUGCAGUUUAACAGAUCCAAACAAUCAUCCAGAACCACAAAGUGCGAGUAGCGUUGAUUCUGAUCUAAUUACAGCUUGGGUAGAUGAUGAAUUACAGAAAGUGCAGAGAGAUUUACAACAAGAAGUCAGUAUGUGUACUCCUACCAAAGAGGAUGAAGAUGAACGACCAGCUGAUCUAUUAGAAGAAAUAAUGGACGAAGUCUGCAGACCUAAAUUUGAACAAUAUCCUGCCAGUCGUAAUGAUAGGAAGGCAAAAAGGUACACAAGAAAAGAAGAUUUAGAUCCAUUUGAAGAUGAUUCAGUAGAUGACUGUAGGAAUUAUAGUUAUACAGAUAGAAAAAGAUAUAAAGAAGAUGAUUUCAUAUUACAUAAGCCACGGAAUAGUCAUAAUUAUAGUGAUGGAGAACAUAGGGCUUAUUAUGAUAUAUUUUCUGAUGAUAAUUACUUAGAUCUUCCAUCAGUUCAGGCCAAAAAGAAACCAAAAACAAAAUCAAAACGAAACACCCAUACAAAUACAGAAAGUUAUAUGGUAAACAAUAAGUCCAACUCUACCGGUUAUUUGACAACGGUUCGAGUUGAAACAAGUCUUCAACAUCCAGGACACCAUUUUCUAACUCAUACCUCUAAAGAUCUGAGUACUGGUAAAACUAAAACUAUUCAUUCUGAAGAAAUUACAGCUGACAGAAUUCAAUCGAGUAUAGGUACUGAAUAAAAGAACUAAUACAGCCCUUAGUUCUGAACAAAAAUUAUAUAAAUCAUUUAGAAAAUAAUAUGGAUGAAAAUAUUUUAAAAUUUUGAUACUUCCAAACUGUUAAGAAACAUUCAUUACAUAAGUUAUUUAUGUAUAUUUUAUUAUAGCAAGGAACAAAUAGCAUAAUGAUAAUUUGAAUCAAAUGUUUAUUGAUUGUUUUUUUAGAAUAUUUUGUUUAAAGUCAUCUAUAUUGUAUAUCAGGAA